ACUAUACACCAACACGAACGCGCACAUAUACACGCAGAGACAGUCUAAUCAGUUUUCUUCCUCAUAAGUCCUAAUUUUGAGAGAUAUUUCCUGUUUUUGGUCGCCGCCACUGCCGUAUGCGCUUCCAUCAUCCUCUUCGGGGCUUAGGGUUUCUGGAGCUUUCAGAAACCUUUCUUCCUUUUCCGAGGGUCUUCCGAGCUGGAUUCUCUCGCUUUUCUCAGACGAAUCUCCAUGCGCCGCUGGUUCAGCGGCUUCGUUGAUUAGAUUGGCUUAGUUUCUUUUUAUCUCUUUCUAUCCAUUUCUAUCUCUCUCAAUCCUCCCGAUCCUGAUUAGCUCCUCCCCAAAAGCCCUGGGUUUGGUUUCCAUUUCUAACUAGUAUGGUUUUCCGGUUAGGGCAGUUGGUUUGGUUUGCGCUUUGAGGGGGUUUGGGGAUUUGAAUGGCAUUGGGUGAUUUAAUGGCGUCUAGGUAUUCGCAAUCUUCGGUUAUGACGGCGGUGGUCUCGAACCACUUCGACGAGUGCGCUUCGAGCCACGAAGACGCGGAUUUUGCCUCGCAUAGACGGGAUUCGGAGACUGCCAGCAGUAGUCAUGGCAAUGCCUCGGCUUCCACCACGACCAGCAUGGAAUACUUGCCACAGAACAAGGUCUUGUGUGAGCUUCGUCACGAGGCCUUCGAAGGGUGUGUGCCCACCGGUCCUUCUGAUAACGGGUUGGUCUCGAAAUGGCGGCCUAAGGACCGAAUGAAGACGGGAUGCGUUGCUCUCGUUUUAUGUUUAAACAUUGGUGUGGAUCCACCUGAUGUAAUCAAGAUAUCUCCUUGUGCUAGAAUGGAGUGCUGGAUAGAUCCUUUUUCUAUGGCAUCUCGUAAAGCAAUGGAAACAAUCGGGAAAACCUUGAGUAGCCAGUAUGAAAGAUGGCAACCAAAGGCUCGUUGUAGAUAUCAACUUGAUCCUCCUGUGGAGGAAGUGAAGAAACUUUGUAAUACAUGUCGUAAAUAUGCCAAGACUGAGAGGGUUUUGUUCCAUUAUAAUGGACAUGGUGUGCCGAAACCUACCGCUAAUGGUGAAAUUUGGCUCUUUAAUAUGCAGAGCUACACACAAUAUAUACCCUUGCCAAUCAGUGACCUUGAUUCCUGGUUGAAAACACCAUCGAUAUAUGUUUUUGACUGCUCUGCUGCUGGGUUGAUCAUCAAUGCCUUCCAUGAGCUUAAUGAUUGGGGUGCUUCUGGAUCCUCAAGGGAUUGCAUUCUGCUUGCAGCCUGUGAAGCACAUGAGACUCUUCCACAAAGUGCCGAAUUUCCUGCUGAUGUGUUUACUUCUUGCCUUACAACUCCCAUAAAGAUGGCAUUAAGAUGGUUCUGCAAGCGUUCCUUGCUUCGUGAGUCCCUUGAUGAUUCCCUCAUAGAUAAAAUUCCAGGCCGCCAGAAUGACCGUAAAACACUUCUGGGUGAAUUGAACUGGAUUUUUACGGCUGUUACUGACACGAUUGCCUGGAAUGUUCUUCCUCGUGAUCUUUUUCAGAGACUGUUCAGACAAGAUUUGUUAGUUGCCAGUUUAUUUCGAAAUUUUUUACUUGCGGAGCGAAUUAUGCGUUCUGCUAAUUGUUCCCCCAUCUCUCACCCAAUGUUGCCACCAACCCAUCAGCAUCACAUGUGGGAUGCAUGGGACAUGGCUGCUGAGAUCUGCCUUGCUCAGCUUCCAUCAUUGAUUGAGGACCCUAAUGCAGAGUUUGUGGCUAGUCCAUUUUUCACCGAGCAAUUGACAGCUUUUGAGGUAUGGCUUGACCAUGGAUCCGAACACAAGAAACCACCAGAGCAGUUGCCUAUUGUUCUUCAGGUUUUACUUAGUCAAAGUCAUCGAUUUCGGGCACUAUAUCUUCUUGGGAGAUUCCUUGAUAUGGGAUCCUGGGCAGUAGAUCUGGCUCUGUCUGUUGGGAUAUUUCCAUAUGUUCUGAAGCUGUUGCAAACGAUCACACCUGAACUUCGGCAAAUUCUUGUAUUCAUAUGGACGAAGAUUCUUGCACUUGACAAGUCAUGUCAGGUUGAUCUAGUAAAGGAUGGGGGGCAUACUUAUUUCAUUAGAUUUCUUGAUAGCAUGGAAGCAUAUCCAGAACAACGGGCAAUGGCUGCAUUCGUUCUGGCAGUAAUCGUGGAUGGGCACAGAAGGGGCCAGGAAGUUUGUAUUGAAGCUGGUUUAAUUCAUGUGUGCUUGAAGCAUCUUCAGGGUUCAACACCAAAUGAUUUACAAGUUGACCCCUUAUCAAAAAAAAAAGUUGACCCCUUAUUACUUCAGUGGCUUUGCCUCUGUAUGGGAAAGCUGUGGGAGGAUUUCCCAGAGGCCCAAAUAAUUGGUCUGCGGGCAGAUGCCCCUGCAAUAUAUGUUCCCCUACUGUCUGAGCCCCAACCAGAGGUCAGAGCUUGUGCUGUUUUUGCACUUGGUACCCUGCUUGACAUGGGGGCUGACUCUAGAGAUGGUGUUGGAGGAGAUGAUGAAUGUGAUGAUGAUGAAAAAAGUAGGGCUGAGAUUAGUAUUGUUAGUAGCCUUUUAAGUGUUGUUUCAGAUGGAAGCCCACUGGUCAGGGCAGAGGUUGCUGUGGCACUGGGACGCUUUGCCUUUGGCCACAACAAGCAUCUCAAGUCAAUUGCUGCUGCAUAUUGGAAACCUCAGUCUAAUUCUCUGCUGAAUUCCUUACCUUCUUUGGCUAAUAUUAAAGGUACUGGUAGUGGAUUUAGCAGCUCAAAUCAGUACAUGCCGCAUGGAAAUAUUGUUACAUCCCAGAUUGGUUCUCUGUUGAGAGUUGGAAAUGACAAUUCAUCAGUGGUUCAAGAUGGAAGUGUCUCCACCAGCAGUCCACUUGCUAACUCUGGAAUUAUGCAUGGUUCUCCUUUGUCUGAUGAUUCAUCUCAACAUUCUGAUUCUGGAAUAUUGAAUAGGGGUGUCAGCAAUGGGGUUGUUAACCAUUCCAGCUCAAAACCACUGGACAAUGCAAUGUAUUCACAAAGUGUAUUGGCCAUGUGUACAUUAGCCAAGGAUCCAUCUCCACGCAUAGCAAGUCUUGGAAGGCGGGUACUGUCCAUUAUAGGGAUAGAGCAAGUGGUGGCAAAACCUUUUAAGACCAGUAGCAGUGUUCGGCCCGGGGAACCUACAACAACAUCUCCGAGUCCUAAUUUUUCUGGGUUAGCUCGUUCAUCUUCGUGGUUUGACAUGAAUGGAGGUCAUUUGCCUCUAUCCUUCCUUACUCCUCCUGUCAGCCCCCCUAGACCUAAUUUUUUAACCGGAAUGCGAAGAGUUUAUUCUUUGGAGUUCAGACCUCAUUUAAUCAAUUCUCCAGACUCAGGAUUAGCUGACCCACUUCUUGGUUCUGGCGGAUCAUCUGGGGCUUCAGAACGCAGUUUGCUGCCACAAUCAACAAUCUACAAUUGGAGUUGUGGGUACUUCUCCAAGCCACUUCUCACUGUGUCGGAUGAUAGCGAAGAGAUACCAGCUAGAAGAGAAGAGAGGGAGAACUUUGCAUUGGAGCACAUAGUGAAAUGCCAACACUCAUCUGCUAGCAAGCUUUGUAAUAAUAAUCAAAUUGCUAGCUGGGAUACAAAGUUUGAAACUGGUACAAAAACAAUACUGCUGCAACCUUUCUCUCCUAUUGUUAUUGCUGCAGAUGAGAAUGAACGGAUCAGGAUAUGGAAUUAUGAGGAAGCUAUCCUGCUCAACUCUUUUGAUAAUCAUGAUUUUUUGGACAAAGGAAUUGCGAAGCUCUGCCUUGUAAAUGAGCUUGAUGAUAGCUUGCUUCUCACUGCUUCAUGUAAUGGAAAUAUUCGAAUUUGGAAAGACUAUUAUCUGAAGAGUAAACAAAAGCUUGUAACUGCAUUUUCUUCAAUUCAAGGUCAUAAACCUGGUGUGCGAAGUUUGAAUGCUGUUGUGGAUUGGCAACAGCAGUCUGGAUUCCUGUAUGCUUCUGGCGAGAUUUCAUCCAUUAUGCUUUGGGAUCUAGAUAGAGAGCAGCUUGUCAAUUCCAUCCCUUCAACAUCAGAUUGCAGCAUCUCUGCAUUGGCUGCUUCCCAAGUUCACGGGGGUCAAUUUGCAGCUGGUUUCGUGGAUGGUUCUGUCAGACUCUACGAUGCUCGGAUGCCUGAAAUGCUUGUCUGUGAAACACGGCCGCACUCACAAAAAGUCGAAAGAGUUGUGGGGAUUGGCUUUCAACCUGGACUUGAUCCAGCAAAGAUUGUCAGCGCAUCUCGAGCUGGUGACAUUCAAUUCCUUGAUAUCAGAAGCUGCAGGGAUGCUUACCUCACAAUCAAUGCUCAUAGGGGCUCUCUUGCAGCUCUAGCUGUUCAUAGACAUGCCCCAGUUAUUGCCAGUGGUUCAGCCAAACAGCUUAUCAAAGUCUUUAACCUUGAGGGUGAACCACUAGGCACCAUUCGAUACCUGCAUACAUUCAUGGGCCAGAAGAUUAGUUCUGUGAGUUGCCUUACGUUCCAUCCCUACCAAGUAAUGCUUGCUGCUGGUGCUGUAGAUGGUUGUGUCACAAUCUAUGCUGAUGACAACGCUCAAGCAAGAUGAAUGCGAAUUGUUUCGUAGUCUUCUGAUCAGAGGAAACAUAAGUGCAUGACUUCCAUUGGAGUCACGGCUGCAGAUUCUGUUGCAUUUGGACUAUCACAUUCCACACAUCCCCGCUGCACUAGUUCCUCAUCGCUGUCGAUGUAUCUUGGAAUAUUGGUAGGGUGCUUUCUACCAAUGUGUGCCAUACAUUCGUUAGCCCCCCGGUGUGUAGAGGUCACGGCUUUGGGGAAGAAAAUGCUACAUUCUUAUUGGGGGCUUUGGCAAAUAAUCUGUUACAUAGGUAAAUGCGUGUAAAUAGUUUCUCCUUUAUAUAUAUAUAUAUAUAAUGUGUACACGUGUGUUCCCCAUUUUGGUGUGUUUAUUGUUUCUUCCAUCUGUUUAAAUUUGUAAAUGCAGCAUCCUUUUCUGUGUCAUAAUUCUGUGUUCCGGAUAGAUAGUGCUGGGGCUUUCAACUCACCCAUUCUCAUUGACUUUAUGAUGGCCAGUGGCCACUUUGGUUCUUUCACUAACGAUCAUUUAACUUGUAAUUAAUUUAUUGGAUUGUUUUAA